CGCGCAGGUUCCUUCUGUAGAGCAGCUACAUGCUAAGGGCUUGUAUUCUCAGAUAUGAGUUGAUUAUCACAUUCUAGUGGAUGGAAGCACAAAGUCUACAGUCUCCUCCAAUUUUUGGAGGAGGAAGAAGAAAAUAAUUGUACCUGUGCUUCUUGGAAGACUGCCUUUAGGUCGUUGCUCAGCUUAUACCUGUAUUAUGGCGAAUAUAUCUUCUGUUGAGUGUUUGAGGGGAUUUGUCGCUGAGCGACUAACUGCUGCAGCUGAAGAAAUAUUUCAAGUUUUUCAAAGAAAUAUUGUUGCCUAUGAAGAAGAGCUAAAUCGUCAGCGCAGACUCCUGGAAUUCGCUUUGAAACCUCAAGUCCAAUUGCAAAGAAUAGAGCUCCAACAGGAACACGUCUGCAAGGAGGAGAUCUUCUCUGACCAGCAGCUCUGUAACCACAAGGGGAACUCCAGUCUGGACCCAGAGCCUCCACAGAUUAAAGAAGAACAGGAAGAGCUCUGCAUCCAUCAGGAGGGAGCACCGAUUGAACUGAAGCAGGAGACUGAGAUCUUUGAAUCAACUCUUACUAGUGAUGAGAGUGACCACCAUGACCUCACCUGCAGUUCUUGUGCUACUGAGGAACAAGAUCCUGAAAGCAGCAAUCAUGCAGACUAUGUAACAGCUGCACAAUUAAAACCCAAAAAGACAUUUCAAAACAGCAUCAACCACUCUCCUGUAUCACCAGAUAAUCUGUGUAAUCCUGACACAGGUGAAAAUUCUUUCAAAUGUGACAAAUGCAAUCAAGUCUUUAAGAUUAAAUCAGAAUUAGAGAAUCAUCUAUGUGCCAACACAGGUAGGAUGACACAUACUUGCAGCACUUGUGGCCAAAUAUUCAAUUACCUUUCAUUACUGAAGGUGCAUAUGAGAAUUCACACAGGGGAGAAGCCGUAUUCUUGCAAAACAUGUGGAGAAAGUUUCAGAUUAAACAGUCACUUGAAAAGCCACAUGAGAAUUCACACAGAUGAGAAGCCGUUCUCCUGCAAAACCUGUGGAAGAAAAUUCAAGCAUGGGUCACAUUUGUAUAGACACAUUCGCUCUCACAUAGGGGAAAAGCCAUUUUCUUGUAAAACAUGUGGAGAACUCUUCACCUAUGGCAAUGCAUUGAAAGAGCACAUGAGGACACACACAGGUGAGAAGACUUACUCCUGCAGCACCUGUGGAAAAAUAUUUGCAAAGAGUUCAUCCUUGAAUAGACACAUUCUGAUUCAUACAGGUGAAAAGCCGUUUUCUUGUAAAACAUGUAGCAGAUCUUUUAGAUUAAAAGGUAUGUUGACAGUCCACAUGAGAACACAUACAGGUGAGAGGCUGCACUCCUGUGAUUAUUGUGGACAAACAUUCAGUCUCAAGUCAAACUUGAGCAAUCACAUUAAAAUUCAUACAGGGGAAAAGCCGUUUGCUUGCAAGAUAUGUGGGAAAUCUUUCAUAUUGAAUUGUUACUUGACAGUCCACAUGAGAACUCACACUGGAGAGAAGCCAUCUGCAACACCUGUGGAAAAUGAUUCUGUACCAAGUCAAAGUUGAGUAAGGGGUGGAUGGGACAAGUAAGCAUGGCCCAAGAUACUUUCAAAGCAGGUGGUAGGGUUGCCCAGAGGCCAUGGUUAUGCUGCGGAUGUCCCAAGGGCCUGAAAACUGCUGUACCACCAGGGGUGAAAAGACCCAAACAAAUGAGAGACCAUCAAGCUUGACAUUGGCUGCUGAGGGACACAGGAGUGUGGAUGUGUCAGGCUUGACUCUGACUGUCCUCUCUCACCUCUCCAGCCCCGGGUUCUGCUACCUGAAUCUGAAACACUACCACAUUAGUGAUUACAAUAAAACAAUUAUAUGUUGCAACAA